GGGUAGACUGUGUACAGUUGAGUACAGGGUACAGUUGAGACAUCCGUAAUAUCUUUAGUGCGCAAACAUGCUUCUGCGCUGAUUUUUGCUCUGCACAUGCGUAUAGACGUCCUCUUUCAGCGUGGGAGAUUUGAACUGUGUGUGUGGCUCCGCUACGAAGUUAUCGGCAAAAGUCUGUUUUUGCAGGUCCGCAAACUUGCCUUUGAGGUUGCCAAGACGUACAACAUAAAGAUCCCGGAUAAGUGGAAUGAGGAUUCCAUGGCCAGUGCCAGCUGGUUCACAAAUUUCAUGAAGAGGCAUCACAAGCUGUCGAUCAGAAGGCCCCAGGCAACCAGCCUUUACAGGCAGAGUAGCUUUAAUGAAACGAAUGUGAACAAGUUCUUCACCAAGCUCACAUCAGUGUACAGCAAGUACCAGUUUCAGCCACAGGAUGUCUGGAAUAUGGACGAAACCGGACUCAUGACAGUCCAGAAGCCAGGCCACCUUGUGGCAACGAGAGGGGAACGCCGGGUGGGGAGCAUCACCUCGGCAGAGAGGGGAACCCUCGUGACGAUGGCACUGGCCUGCAAUGCCAUGGGGAACAUUAUCCCACCCCACUUCAUUUUCCCCCGGAAAAGGUUUUUGCCCCAUUUUGUGCUGGGUGGUCCUGAGGGGUGCCUUGGCACAGCCAAUGGGAGUGGGUGGAUGCAGGAGGAGGAUUUCUUGACUUACCUCAGGCACUUUGUGCAUCAUACAAGGGCGUCGGCGGAGAAAAAAGUCCUUCUCCUGCUGGACAAUCAUUCCUCCCACAUUUCAACGGCCGCAAUCAACUACUGCAGAGAGAAUGGGGUGGUCAUGCUGUCCUUUCCACCCCAUUGCACACACCACCUGCAACCCCUUGAUAAGGCAGUGUAUGGGCCAUUGAAGAGGCUGCUUGCAAGUGAGAUGGACCAGUGGCACCGUCACCACCCCGGCAAAACUGUGACAAUCUACGACAUGCCAUCGCUGCUGAACACCAUCCUGCUGGAGGCGGCAUCCCCAAGAAACAUCUUGAAGGGGUUCAGCAGCACGGGGAUUUGGCCGCUGAACAAAGACAUUUUCCCAGCUGAUGUCUUCCUCCCAGCCUCGGUGACAGACAGACCCCCUCCAGUCAUCCCUGGGCCAUCCCAUGACGACCCCUCCCUCUCUCUCCCUGGGCCAUCCAACACUGACCCCUCUGUGAUGUGCAGCGCGGAUCUCUCUCUCUCUCUCUCUCCCUCGCCGGCCCAUCCAACGUCGACCCCUCUCUCUCCCUCGCCGGCCCAUCCAACGCCGACCCCUCUCUCUCCCUCGCCGGCCCAUCCAACGCCGACCCCUCUCUCUCCCUCGCCGGCCCAUCCAACGCCGACCCCCCUGUGA